AUGAUGAAUGAUAAUUUAAAUGAAAAUUUUAGUAUACCGAAAAAACAUGAGGAUGAUUACAAAACACAGUUAACUGAAGAAAACGAAGAAAACCCAAAAUAUAAAGAAGAUAAUGCGGAUCAAACAAAUAUUUUUCAAAAUGGUGUUCAAACGGAAAUAAAACAUAAUAAUUUCCCUUUGGACUAUUAUAAUUUCGAAGAAUUUAAAAAAGGGGAAGAGCAUAUGGAGAAAAACAAGUAUGAGGGGGGUAUUGACAACAAAGGCAAUCAAAUGAAUAAGCCGGAUAUGGAAACUUUUGGUAGCAUAAAUCAUCACGAAGAAAUUCAGGAAAAUAAAAUUCAAAAUGGAGACAGAAACACAAGUAAAAAUAUUAAUUAUAAUAAACAAAAUACAGAUAUAAAUUUGAUAAAUAUAACAGAAAAUAAAAAUACCGAUGAAAAAACAAAUUUUGGUGAUAAUAAAAAUUUGAAUUUAUUAAAAAAAAAAUUAACACACAAUGAAGACGAUUUGAUUGAUGACUUAUUAAUGUAUAAUAAUAAUGAUAGAGGAAAAAUUACGAGUUUCAGUAAAAAAAAAAAAAAUGAUAAUUUAAAUGAAAAUAAUAUAUCAAGUAAAAUAAACAGCGAAUUAAGUAUACUAGAUUUAAGAAAAAAAAAUUCGGAAAUUAAAACAAAAUUUGAAAAAUUAUCUAUGAAUUCUCAAAAAAAACAAAGCAAUUUAAAUAUUCGCAAGAAACAAAAUAAAACAAGUUUUCAUAAUAAUACUGUAAAUUUAUUACCAAAGAAAAUUCAUGAAGAAGAGAUAAUGAUACAAAAAAUUGUAAUACAACAAAGUGACAGUGAUGAUAUAGUUCAAAAAAAAGUGCAUACCAUUGAAAAUGAUAUUGAAGAAGCAGAAAAAAAAUAUAUAAAUGCUUUAGCACAAAAUAAGGAUAUUCAUAAAAACACAAACUUUUAUCAUUCCGAAAAUAGUAAAGAAAUUAGUGUAAAAUUAGAACCCCAUGAGGAGAAUAAUUCUAGUGUGAACAAUUUGCAAAAACAAUAUUCCGUCAAGUCUCUUACUUCCUUUAAAGAAUCAGAAAUAAGUGAAAACAAGAAGAACAAUAUGGACAACAAAAUAAAUGAAUUACAUUCUUACACUGAGGAAAAUUAUAAUGCAACAAAAGUAUUAAAUGGUGAUAAUGUAAUACAAAAUUAUAGCACACAAAUAAACGAGGAAAUACAUCCAAAAGAUAUAAAAGAUGAACAAAUUAAAGAUGAUAUUCUUAUUAAUAAUCAAAUAUUGAAUGAAAAAAAUACAAAAAAUAAUAAUUCUAAAAUCUCAGAAGAUUUAAUGAAUAUAAAAAUAUAUGAUGACUCUGAAAUAGAUGAAACAAAAGAAAAUGAAUUAGAGCCUUUUUGGCUAAAUAAAGAAAUGUCUAGUUUUAACACUUUAAAAACAAACAUAAAUGAUAAAUUAUUAAAUGUAAAAAAUCAAAAUCAAAUAAUGUGGACUCGAGAAGAUUAUAAAGAUGGUCUUUUCGUAUUAGACAGAGAUAAUCUAUUGAAUAUGAAAAAAUCGGAAAGUGAUAUUAUAACAAACCGCGAAAAUAUUAAAAACAAUAUAUCCCAAAUAUUUAAAAAGAGCAUGACAUUAGACACUAUAAAUCGUAAUAGUAAUGGAAAAGAAGUGACAUCUGUUACCCCUACCUUGAAUUAUGAUCAUUCCCCCCAAAGAGCAAAAUCAUUUAAAAACCUAAACUUUUAUGAAGAUCUUGCCGGAGAAAGUUCAUGCGAUUCUUGUACUACACAAAGCACUGACGAUGAAAAGGAAAAAAUAGAUAUUAAAAAAAAAAUAAAAAUUAUAAAGCAAAAACUAUUACAUAAUAAUAAUGAUAUUACGAAUAUCGAAAAUAUUAAAGUUGAAAACUUUGAUAUAUAUAAUAUUGACUUUAAAAAAAUUGGUCUAAAUACAAGCAAUUUAAAUACCGAGGAAAAAUAUAUUUUAAUGUUAUACAUUUCGGAACAGCAAAGGAAGUUAGCUUUACAGGAAACAAAACAAAGCGUCAACGGCUACAGAAAUAGCCAAACAAUAGACAAGUACAGAGGAGGUAAUAAUGAUGCUUACACUUUAAGCGGAAAUGAGAGAAAAGUAACUGAUUUAGAAAAUAUUCAUUGGAAAGCGAAUUAUCCAGGAAGAAAUGAAAAAUAUGCAGACAAUUUUAAGUUGAAUAUGAUUAGGCUAAAAAAUAAUUCUAUUCCAUUUUAUGAUCAAAACAUGGAUAAUAAAAUAAAUGAGGACAAAAAUAAUAAAUAUCCUCUUUCUGAUUUUAAUACUUCUUAUUAUACAUACAAUUUCUCACAGUAUAAAUUAAACGAUGACGAUAAAAUAUAUUCUAUUGCAGAAAAUAAAAAUGUCCGUAAUUCAUAUAUAGAAAAUGAGUUAUUAAAGCUUCAUGACCCCAAUUAUAAGGAACAACCUCACUUUAGCCUCUUUCAAAAGUUGUAUAUCGAAUUUUUGAUAAAUGAAUAUAAAAUAAAGGAAAAAGGUGAUACAAUAAUUUUAGAUGACAACACAAUUUGUCAAAAAAAUUAUGAUAUAUAUGAUCAUUCGUUUAUGAAUAAUUUAUUAAAAAGUUUUGUGGAAAUAUUUAUUCAGAAUGAGGGUGUAUAUGAACUUCUAUCGAUUUACGAAGAUACUAUUUGGGAUCGAGAGAAAGGAAUUGAGGAAGCAAAAAUUGAUGCAUGCUCAGAAUAUAUUUGCAGAAUGUUUUUUGAAAACUCCUCAAACAAAAAUAUUGCAAAAAGAAAAGAUUAUAAUAAUGAGCAAAAUAUUUUUUCAACACAGUUUUACACAUUGCUCAAAUAUAUAGCAAAUAAAAUCGUAAUAAAUGGAAAUAUAAUAAAUAAAAUUAAAGAAAUACAAAUUUUGAAUAAAAUACUAAACGAGGAAGUAAAAAUUUAUUGUAUUAAUGUUGUAUGUAUGGAGGAUUUAUUUUUAGAUGUAGAACCACAUUUUAUUGAUGAAUUUGAUAAAGUUAUAAUAGGCAAAAAUGUUGGAUUUUUUAAUAUGCAUGUAAUAAAUAGUGAAUAUAACUAUAAUUAUUAUAUUAAUGAAAAUGAUCUUAAUGCAUUAAAUAAUGAUCAAAAUAAUAUAUCAGUUUGGAAUUAUGUCUAUGGAUAUUUCAAUGACAUAUAUAAUUGGUAUAACGAAAAGAAUGACCACAAACCUAAUCAAAUUCAAAAUAGAGAUAGUAUCGACAUAAAAGAUAGCAUUAAUGUGAAAGAUAAAGAUGUUAGUAAUUCUUCAAAAACCCUUUCAAGGGAUUACAUAAAAAAUGCUAAUAAGUUACAUAGUUCGCGUAAUAAUACUAUUUUUAAAAAUGAAAAAUUAGAUGACCACGACAAUAAAUAUAAGACUUUUGAAAAAAAACAAACUGAAGAAUUAAAUGCUAAUUUAAAAAAUGAAGAAUCACAAUUAACUCCUAAUAGUGAGCAUAUAUAUGAUAAAAAUACCGAUCCAUCCAAAAAAGAAAAAAAAAAAAAAAAAAUGAAAGUAGAACAAAAAGAUUUUCCCAAGAAUGUAGAAAUAGAAUCAAGUAAUAAUUUGAUUGAAAAAAAAACGAGCAUACAAAAUAAAAAUGAAGAACAUGAUAUAUUAAGCAAUUCUACAAACAUAGAUGAAUACUUAAUGGAUAGUAAUGUGUCGAGUAUAAAUAAUUAUAUUUCAGAAAAUUCAAAUAAAAUAAAAAUACAAUCUAUUAGCAACCUGAGCAAUACUAAUAGUUUUAAUAAUAAUCCUGAUGAAAAAACAAUGAAUGGACAAACCCAAAUAAAUAAUAAUAAUUACACUGAUGAUAUUCAUAAUAAAUACCCUAAUGAUUCUGUAGAAAUAGAGAAUCACAAUUUUAUCAAAGCCGAAGAAAAAAAUAAUCCUCGAAAGCUUAAUUUCAAUUUUAAACAAACUAAUCAUGAAGAUUUAAAAAAAGAGAAUCAAUUUAUUAAAAUGUCUAAUAACAAAUUCGAAAAAAAUCAAACCAGCUUAGUAACAUUUCAAUAUAAAGGGACAUUACCAAAAGGAGGCAUAAACAAAUUAUUGUUAGAUAAAAACAGUAAUAUAAAAGGAAACUAUUUUUGCAUAUCAGAUGACAAAUUAAUUGUUACUCAUUCUAAAAAUGGUAAAAUUGAAAACUUUUUAGAUUCUCAUUUUGUAAUAGAAAAAUGUAUAAAAUAUAAUAAAGAAAUAAAUCAUUUAUAUGUUCAUAUAUUUAAUUUAAAAAAUAAAAAAUAUCUAGCGGUGGAUCUCGAAAGUAAUAUUAUAGUAUUUACUAAUAAAUAUGAUGAUCAAUUUUAUUAUGAUCAAGAUAAUACAAGGCAUCGAAUAUCAACUUAUUUCCAUUUGCAAUCUAUAGCCGAUAUAAUGAAAAAAAUGAUAACCGAUGAUAUAAUUCAUAUUAUUUCUAACAUUGUGUUAAGCAGUUAUUAA